AACGAACUAACGACAAAGUACAACUAAAAACAGUUGAACAGUCAUCUGCGGCGCGGUAACGUGCGUCGCUCGUUUCUGGAAUGUGCGUUCAUCCGAUAUAGUCACAAUAAUAAUUCGUUAACAGAGUGUACUUUACGUAGUAAUUGUUUCAUUCGAAAAAGAGAGUGGUUUAGCCGAUCGUGCUCGGGUAAAACGCGUGUGACAACAUAAAAGGUGUAUUUAUGUGUGUGUGGUGGCGUGGAUCGUCGCGCAAUUAUUAACGAUGAUUCACUUGUGCGCGGGUGAAAUGCAGCCUAUCGGACUUGUUGACAUAUGUUCAGGAGGCGUAAACAAAUGAUAUCAAAUUCAUAAUAUAAUGGUGGACUGAUUCAUAAUUCCGCGGCCGGUAUACAAGUCGCGGUUAAGAUGCCGUUGACCCAGGAGAAACGUCUUGAUUCCAAUUUUUCAAACAACAAUGAUCAUAGCUAUCUCCAUAAGAAGUUCAAAAAAAUGGCUUCGACCAUUUCAGUGCUUCCAGCAAGCUUACCAAAAAGCGAAGAAAAUGUCCAAAGGGACAAUAACAUUCAGUCGGCUAGCUGUACUUCAAUACCUAAUGGAAGUAUUGCAGCUGCACACCCAGAAAUUGUAAAAAUUAAAGAUAUAUACGACAAUCAAAUAAUGCAACUCGAAAACAAUGUACAAACUAAUUUUAAAUAUGAAAAUAGUAGGUUAAGUGAUGUAAAUAAUAUUCAAGUAUCUGGUAAAACCAGUUAUUCAGAGGAAUUUUUAAAAAAGACUGAGAACUAUGAAAAUGAUUUUAGCAAAGAUGCUUGCAGUGGAGUGUCAGGGCGAUAUAUAUGCCCGUAUUGUAAAUUAUCAUGUGCCAAGCCUUCUGUUCUCCAAAAACAUAUCAGAGCUCACACAAAUGAAAGACCUUAUCCUUGUGUACCAUGUGGUUUUGCCUUUAAAACAAAAUCAAAUUUAUAUAAACACAGAAGAUCGAGAACACACGCUUUACGUCUACAGGGCGCCGAUAUAUCCAAUUGCCUAAAUGAUGAAGAUUUAUCUGGAGAUUCUGAAAGUGAUACCUCCAUCCCACCUACAUCACUCUCAGACACAGGAUCAGAUGCUUCAAUAAUUCGUAUAGAAAGUACAAGAAAUAAUGAAUUCUCUUCGCCUGAAUUGACCAACGAUGGUUUAAGUAAUUUAAUGGGUGUUUCUUCUACGUACAGUGAUAAUAAAUUAAAAACAAUUUAUAAGCCGAAGUUCAGCGGUGCAUUUAAUCAAAAUGAUGAAAAAGAUAAGAUAAAGAAAACUAUUUCAUCAAAUGCUGACUUUCUUACAGAACAUAUCUCAAAAAUUAUAUCAGAUAAUGAAGCCAUUGUUGAUGUUAUUGAAACACCUUUACAAAAAAAAUAUAAUAAGAUUAAACAAAUAGCAGAAAGUAAGCAAUUUCAUAGCGAACGAGAAAUAAAACAAGAAAUAACACCAUUAAAUUUAACAAAAAAUACUUAUGAAAUUGAUAGUCUAGUCAGAAAAAGAUCGCACUCUGAAAGUUUUACACAUACUGAUGAAAUCAAGCAUCCUCUAAAUCCAGAAGGCUCUAUUAUAAAAGAUCUCCUAUUAAAAACAAAAGCGAAUGGCAUAAACUCCUUAAUGGGUGAAAUAGAAGAUAGUAUGGGACCUGUGUUUGUCUGCCCUCUCUGUCAGAUAAUGUACCGAAGUGCAGAUAAUUUGGAGAUUCAUAGACUUUAUUACUGCAAAGGAAAUUUAUCUAAUAACGUUUCUAUUCCUCACAAAGACUUAAAAAAUACACGGCCAGAAAACGUGUAUGUUAGGAGCAACUCCAUAAAUGUUAGAUUGCCUGAAAAUCAAAACAACCAAGCUACAAGAUGUACCAUUUCUACUAAAUCUCCGCCUUUAAGGAACAAACCAGAGAAUCUUGUUAUAAUAAAACCGGAAAGUGACAUUAUAGCGCCAUUACCAUCCCCCGGUCCUCUUCUUGGAAAUACACGUCUUGUCGACUCUAGAUUACCCACUGAAUUUAAUAGAUUAAACGAAAGCCUAAGAAUGAGAAGUAAAGACUCCAGUCCGAAAAGAAGAUUGGACAGUAGGUCGGAUACUUAUAGCCCACGGCUGAUAGAUAAUGUAUCUCCACGUUCUCUGGAUUUAUAUACACAACCUAAAAUAAGAUGCAUUGAUUCUACAACUGCGACAUUAAGAGCUAUCGAUGAAAUGCAAUUGAGGCACAAUUCAACUUCUCUUCAAAUGUUUGGUGGAGAAGUUAAAAUUGUUGAUCAUUCCGGAAGCACGACGACCUUACGAAUAGAACCUAGUAAGAAUCAAUUAUCACCAAUAAUGAUCCAACAAAAUCUUUCUCCAUCUAAGUUUGCAAGCGACUCAGAAGCUAGCAGUGUUGUUGUUAGAUCGGGUUUACAUUCUGGCGGGACUAUAGUUCAUAAUCCACCGACACCUAAGGAAAAUAUGAGUACUCCUCAAACACCAAGAAUUUCAGUAUCUACGCCGAGUAUGCAAAGUGGAAUAUUAAAUAUGCACGAUAUAAGCCAUUUUCAGUUCCCACCGCUCAGCGCGAUUACAGCUUACAAUCCUUUAACAUUACCCCCCUUAAGCCCUUCAUCCUCGCCUAAUGGUGCAACAACUAUAUUGCAUGGAGGAAAACUUAUUCCACACGUGCCCGGAAUACCAGGGCCAAAUACAACUGGUGUCUUUGUAGGAACCCCAAAUGCACAGCAUAAAGGCAAUGAUAAUAUCUUCAAGGGUACCCUAAAAUCUAUGGACGGAGUUCAAGACAUUAAACAAAGCCCUGUUACAAAUAAGAAUUGCGUUGUAAAUUAUGAUAAAGGAUUUAGUUCGAGGAAUUCGAAACUUCGAUUGUCAAUGCCUGAUACAGUUAAAUAUGAUCAUAAAGAUACCUUAAACAUUGAAAUGCAAACUAUAAAUAGCGUGCCAAUAAUAACUGUAAAAAAUGUUGAUGAGCCCAUAAUUACCACAAGAAAUUUUUCACCUAAUGUAAGAACCACAAUUACAAAACAAGAUAAUCCCCUAAAACGUUGUGCCGAUGGAAGUAGAAUACCAGUUCUUAAAGAGAAUAGUAAUUAUGUAUUGAACAAAAGUAAGAGCAAAGAAUAUUGUAAUUCAAACAAAAUUGUCGAAAAAUAUUCAGAUAAUGAAAUUAAACCUUUUAAUUUCGAAAAUAUAAUCACAAAGGCGGAAAUAUACAAUAAGCAAAUCCAAAGCUCAUCUGAAGUACAAAGAAAUACAAAUGCCCAAGAUACUUCAGCUGUUUCUUUACACAAUGAGAGGUCAGAAACAUCUUAUUUCCAAAAGAAUUUAACUGCCUCAUCGGCAUCUGAAGAUAGAAAACCAAAAUUUUUAAGACCAUCUACUCUACCAUUAAAACCGGGUACAUUUACACCCAAAAGGCAUCAUGGUAUAACUCCUAAUGCUAACACCAUGCCACUAGUUUCACCAGAAACACCGCGUCCUGCUAAAGCAUACGGACAGCUUUAUUUAAAUGGCAAUGCAUAUACUUACUUAGGACUUAAAUGUUCAACUAAGGUAUUCUAUUGCACAAUAAAUCGGCCACAACCAACCUACGUCCCGAAUCAACAUUUUCUCUCGAUGUAUAGUAAUUGGCAGUUAUUAUCUGAGUUGACGCCAGACCCAUUGGGAUUGUCAGCAUCGUCUGCUAUGUCUUUAUAUGACUCACGUCAUCGACCGCAAAACGUGGCUGUCGCUGUGAUUAAACAGGAUCUCAUAUUGACUCAUUCAUCACAAUGGAAUAAAAAUUUGAAGGACAAUAAACAGGCAAUGAUGGCAAUUGAUAAAAAAAAAGAAGAUAAUAAAAUAAAUUCAAUGGAUUGUUCUAUGACAACAAAAAAAGAACUAACUGGAGGUUUUGAAAGCAAUGAAGAAUACACGUACGUCCGGGGUCGCGGAAGAGGGCGCUAUGUGUGUUCAGAAUGUGGAAUACGUUGUAAAAAACCGUCGAUGUUGAAAAAACAUAUUCGCACUCAUACCGACGUAAGGCCGUAUACAUGUGUACAUUGCGCAUUUAGUUUUAAAACAAAAGGGAAUUUAACAAAACAUAUGAAAAGUAAAGCGCAUUAUAAGAAAUGUUGUGAGUUGGGGAUAAAUCCUAACGAAGGUAAUGACUCCAACCCCGAAGGUGUAGAAAUGACACCAUGUCCCGAAGAAACCGACGAUGAGACUGAUUCCGAUGGCGACGAUGGAAACGAAGGCGAAACGGAAUCAAGUGAUACGGAAUUUUGUAAAUCUCGAUUACCAGAACAUGAGGCUGCGCAUUGUCUGUUGUCAUUGGGAGGCAAUAGACCUGCGACAACAACAACUCCAGGAUUAAUAACCAGUGCCAGGCCGUCUACUUAUCCAUAUACACCUAUUAUCUCGGAUAGUAUGACACUGGACUACAGCACAGAAAAAUUACAAGUCUCCAAGAGUUUAACAAUCGAUACUCGAAUGGAGAUGGACAAUAAUGAGCCAAUGGAUCUUAGUAAAAGUGAUUUAAAUACGCCUACGAAUUUGCCGGAAAUUCCGACCGCUAGAGAAUCUAGUGUUUUAGCAUCUUUAGCUUCUAAUACAGCAAAAUUACCUCAACACCAAACUCAAUGGGUGAACGGAGAACCUAUGUUACAUACAUACUUAACAGAAAUGGCCCUCUUAGAUUCGAAAAUAAAACAAAGUCAACUAACAAGUAAUAUAAGUAAAGUUAAAAAAAUCGAAUUGGAAAAAUCUUCAGUUCCUGAACGAGAUGAAGUAAAGGAACAAAAGAACAAGAUAGAGCCCAUUACUAGUAAAAGUAAUACAUUGGUUCUUCAUGUUAACCGAAAUGAAUCCAUCUCAACUUCUGUAGCUAAAGAAGAAAAUAUAACUCCGAGUAGUGAGUGCCAAGUGACUAUAAAUGGUUCCAUUGAAACCAAAACAGCUCGUACACCUAGCAAUUCUAACCCGGAAAAUGCCAAACAAGUUGUUUCUGAAUAUUUAAAACAUGCCAGGAUAAGUCUCAUGAAAACACUGGAUGAAUCAGGUACUCAUGAGACCUCAAGUGAUGACAGCAAUGGUAGUAAAGUAUGUAUUGAAGAGAAAGCAAAAAUAGAAGAUAUGUCGGAAGGUGAAGUAGCAAAAUUACCCCUAGACGAUUCCAUAGCUCCAAAAAUUGUAAUUGGCGGAGUAGCGUUUAAAGUAAAUAAAGAUAAAGAUUAUGACUCUACGAUUCCCUAUUCCCCUGGAAAAUUAAUGGAUGAUGGUCAUAGAGUGUGUGAUUUUUGUAAUAAAACAUUCACAAAACCAUCGCAACUAAAGUUACAUCUAAAUAUCCAUUAUAUGGAACGACCUUUUAGGUGUAGCGUAUGCGCUGUAAGUUUCCGCACAAAGGGUCAUUUACAGAAACAUGAACGUUCCGGUUCGCAUCACAAUAAAGUUUCGAUGACAUCAACAUUCGGAGCUGCGACAUCUUUUAAUCCUAGGCCUUUCCGAUGCUCUGAUUGCAAUAUAGCUUUUAGAAUUCACGGACAUCUGGCAAAACAUUUGCGUAGCAAAAUGCACGUAAUGCGUUUGGAAUGUUUAUUUAAAUUACCAUUUGGAACUUUUACGGAGAUAGAACGCGCGGGUCUUAGCCUGACUGAUAUUGACACGACAGAUUGUGCAAGUUCAUUGGCUAGUUUACAAACUCUAGCUCGUAAACUUCACGAAAAAGAUCCAACACGUUUAGAGUACCGGGAACCGAGCGCUUCCGGGGUACCCAUACCUCCUGCAGGCAGGGAGUCUUCUGAAGAAGAGGAAGUUGCAGUAGCUUCAGAAAAGUCAUGUGAAAAUGAGCAUGAUAGUGAGAUGAAAACUAUUGAAAAUAGUGAUUGUCAGGAAACUGAACGAAAUACUUUUAGUGCCACAGAUAAUUAGUGCCAAAAUGUUUCUAAGUAGAAUAUUUUAUGUGCAAUUUUGUUUUUAUGGUUAUUUUAAGGUGUAAUUAUUAUUCCUUGCUUAAGACUCGGAGAUGUGUGAAAAACAAAAUGAAGCGCUUUAAUUAUAAUAUACAAUCCUGAAUUUUAUUUCAGCAAAGUGAAGGGACUUGUAAAUAACUCAUAUUGAUUAUAAAUAUAAAAUUGUUAUAGUUGCUUCCAGCAUAAGCUUAUAUAUUAUAUAUGUAUCUGUUAUAAAUAGCUGAUAAAAUAAGGAUUAAGUAAGGAGUGAAUUUGUUAAUGUUUUUCGUUUUAUGAUAGGAGCAUAAUGUAGCUUCCUCUUUUAAAUGUUAUCUAUAUAGAUUUUGUGGUCCAUAUUCUUAAGUCAAGAAAGCUUGAAAUAUCAAUGAGACAUAUUACAAAUUUUAAAAACUUGUAGUAAACUUGAUAAGACCGUUAUUGAAACACUUUUGUAUGUAUUUUUAUAAAAUAUAUACUAUGAUGUAUUUACAAUGAUAAAUAUCUACUUCCAAAUCCUUUAUAUCUUUAAAUGUAAAAAUUGGCAUAUCAACAUCCAUAAACGAAAUGUAGUCAAAACCUUGUAAAACUUAUAAAGUCUUCCAUAUCGAAAAUAGAUUUUGUGCUAGAUAUUUGAUUUAUUACUAGUUACUCUUCAUCAUUUGGGUGAAUAUUUGACUUGCGUGUUUAUAAGUCGAUCUGUACAGGUGUUUAUUAAUUAUUUAGAUAUUUUAUAGAGUAAGCAAGAGUCAAGAAGCUAAUUAUAUCUUAGGGAUAUUUCAUAUUUAAUUUCCUAUAAAAUUACUAUAAUUAUUCGUAGCCAUCAAUAUAGUCAUGGUGAAAAUUUGUUUAGCAACAGCUGAUUGACAUUGUUUAAUGUUUUUGCGAAACUUUGCCAAUGUGCUGAACUUUGUCAAUGAACUUGUUGGUUCUUUGUUGGUAAACAGAUGUUAACCAUGAAAACGAAGGUGAAGAUUUAAAACUCUUUUUUCAAAAACUGCCUACUUAUAACUUUUAUGUUUAUUCAGCCAAAAGUUGUUAAUGGCUUGUUUCGUUUAAAGCCCGAGAAAAUUAAGACGACUGAGCCGAAUUGACCAUCAGCGGAAAUAAUUCGUGUAGUUUUGAAAAUCGUUACAGUUAUUCCUUGACAUGUCCAGAUGAUCAUAGUAAGCAAAAAUCUAAAAAUGGGUUCUUCUAACUCCCCUACACCGCCAGCUCACCCUCUACCCUUGAGGCCUUUUGAUAUGAUCAUCUGGACAUGUCAAGGAAUAACUGUAGCGAUUUUCAAAACUUCACGAUUUAUUUCCGCUAAUUUUCUCGGACUAUUAGAUAAUGUUAAAUUAUUUGUUUUAGUUAUAGAUAGUUGGAUUCUGACUUUCUCUCGGAAGUUAGUGCUGAUUUACACAGGGUCAGUAGACAAGUCAGUCGCGGCGCCGAAAUUGGCGCUGCGACUGACUUUAACUGUUUACAUGAAGUAAGUAGUAGUGGUGCGUUUCUCACGGUGACCACACGUUUGUGAAGUCAGUGAGAAAAAUAAAUUCGCGAAAACAACUGAAACGACGAUUUAAUUAUUUGUUGAAAAAUUUAUCAAUUUUGCUGUUGAAUGAGUUAAUAGAAAUUGUAGAAAAUGAGAUAUAACUAAAAAUAAACGACAAUGGGUAAGAAAAUGGAUUUAGGGAUUUAAUAUCCCAAAGACACUCGUUUUUGCCAUAUAAUUGCAACAAUUUGAAGGUUUCGUCUUCGCUUACGGGUCAUUUUUAUCGCCAGCGAAAAAAACGUGGUCACUCUACAACGCAGCAGCAAUAACUAACCACGCACUGACGUGUCUGUUUACACGGGGUUUAUUUGGCUGACGCGGGGGUGCGCGGGUAGCGGGGGGCGCCAACUGACUCUAAAAUAUUCGUGUCCGAAUAUUCAACUCAGCGCUAGUUCAAGUCUCUGUACUGACUUCAAAUCUGUUUACACAGGGUUUUUUUCGGGUCAGCACUGAUUUGCCUCGAAUUUGUAGUCAGUUACUGACCCUGUGUAAAUCAGCACUUAUGUCAAAAUGCAAUCAUGCUAAAAGGACAAAAACUGUUAAAAUAAAAUAAAACAAAGGAAUGAUUUUAGUAAUUUUCCGAUUGAAUUUGUAAAUUAGCUUCUGUAUCGCCUCAAAAUAACUUGUGAAUUGAGUUUACUUGUUAUAAAAUGGGGCAAAAAUACAUGACCCAGUAAAUGGGCACUAAAUAGCUUUUAUUUUAUUUUUAUAAUCAAAAACAAAAAUAAGUUAAAAUAUUUGUAUCCAAUGUAUUAUACUCAUGCCCUCUAUCAUUUAUCGUCAUAAUUCCUUGAUAUAGAAUGUAAAUUACAAUUAAUAAUAUUGACAUGGCAUCUAAAAAUUUAAUUUAUAAAUUGUCUUCCUGACAUAAAAAUAUUAUAAUUAUAAUAAAGGGCCUAUUUUGAUACUAGUAAACAAUAAACAUCCAAUUUGAUAAAAUAUAUUUUGUAAUAUCAAAGAAUUAUCAAAAUAGUUAUGAGUGUGUAAAGAUUCUUAUUUCUUAACUUGUAUUUUAUUCAAUGUGAUAACUUUUACGUAAAAAUAAGUCAAGGUGACUAAAAUAUGCUUUUUAAAAUAAAGUUAAGGAAUUUAUUAAUAAAAAUUUAAAUGUUGUGUGAAAAUAUUCCUAAUUAGAAGGUGUAAAUGCUUUAUAUCAAGUAAAUUGUGUUCAAUCUAUGUAGUUACAACGCAACAGUACCACAUUAAAAUACUACCACCAUGGGGUAACUAUAUGUUAUCCAAUUGUUAUGAAGACUUUAAAAUUAUAAUUUUGUAUAAUAAAAAAAAGAAAAUUGUGAACUUUAGGUGAAUGUAUUGAAUUAAUAGAAACUUGUCAAAUAUUUACCCAUUUAUUGUUUAUUAUACAUUUAAUGAAUGGAUAUUUUAUAAAGGUAAGAUUAAAGUAAAUGUAAAAUUAUA